AUGUACGUGCUUUGGAAGACGUCUGAGUGGAAGAACGACGCAGAGAAGAACGACGCAGAGAAGGGUGAGGUCCAACAACGAAGUCAUACAGCCGCCACUAGUCCAUUGCGACGCGACGCUCACGGUGUUUCCGCGCUCUUUGCCAGAUAUCGAAAUCACCCUUCACGAGCGCAGAAGCAGUACCCAUGGCGGUGGGAUUCCCCUCCGAAGAAGCAGGCCAGGUUGCAGCUGGUAACUGGCGUUGUCGGCCGCGACCUGACCUAA